CUUUUCCCCACAGCUCCCCAGCAUGCCAGGGAGUGGCAGGGAGAGCCAGGCUGUUUCCUUUAGCACUGGGACUAGGCAGAGGGUUGCAGAGUGGACACCAACAAGGAGCUCAGGAGUAACUAAAGUGAAGACUGAAAGCUGAGGAGAAAGAGCACAGUGAGGGAGGUUUUAGGCUGGAGUUAUGAGGGUGGGAGCUGCGACCUUGGCUGGGGGGAUAUUUGGGCUAUUGGGGACUCUGUGUUUCUUCCUAGCCUUUGGUACAGACUACUGGCUGGUGGCCAGUGAUGACUGUGGACCGUAUGCAUGGCCGACCCAAACAACACUGACAGGGGGAAAAGAUGCCAAUGGGACUGAGAUCCAGUUAGUGCAGGCCGUCACUUCUUCUUCUCCUCCUCCGUCUCUCACUCUGCACCACGAGGGCUUCUUCUGGCGAUGCGUGUUUCAGGUGGAGCCCACGGCACAUGCAGUCCUGGCCACGCUCUUCACAAACCAGCCAGAAUCUAAGGUCUGUGUGCACGGGUACCUCUUCCCUCUGCCUGUCGCUCUUGGACAGGUGCCUCAUCCAAGUUAUGACGCUACAGCAGUAUUUCGAGGUUUCUGGACCGUGCUGAUAAUCCUUGGCCUGGUUGCGGCUCUAACUGGAGGCUUCCUCUUGGUCUGUGGUGUCCCCUUCAUCAGCCACAAACUGUUCAAGUUGGGUGGUGCCCUCCUCAUCACUGCUGCCUGCUUGUUCCUCUUCACUCUGCUGCUCUACGUACUGUGGAUGGAGGCUGUAGAGGUGAAGCGCUACGUCCUGCAGGAGAGAGGAGAGGCGUGUCCAAACGCGCAGGUGUCGGUGCUCUACGGCUUGUCAUUCAUGGUGGCGGCUGCCGGCGUGCCUCUGGAGCUCAUCUCCGGGUUGAUCUUCAUGCUGGUGGCUCGUGCAUUACGUGACAGCAAGUGAGCUUCAUCUGGUCCGCAGGGGAAAGAAAGGACUGACCUUUGGCAGCACAUAUAUGUGGGAUGUAAAUACUGAAAGGACGUGAUCAAUAUUACAGCAACCAUCCUUUGGAUGUCAAGUAGCAUGAAGUCAGAGGCACUGAUUUGUUGUUUUCAGUUUUCUAUAACUUGCUUUGCUUUAUUUCUAUAAAAAAAACACACUAAUUAUUAUAAUAAAAUCACAAUAAAUGAGUGUGUGGGAGUAAUGUGGUGUCAUAUGGAUGUGAUACUUGCAUUAAGGAGCAAUAUAUGAUGUGCCAAGACUGUUGUUUUUUUUAAGCAAAACUGUGUGGACAUAAAUGUUUUUUCCACUUAGUUGCACACUGUCAUCGUACUGAUUGUUGUUGUUAUUAAUGCUUCGAAUGACAAGUCCAAAGAGCACAAGGUGAGAAAUGUAUGGGUGAACCAGCUGUGUCCCCUGUCCUGCUUUUGGCACAUGAUCAAAGCAGGGAGGGAGGGAGGGAUGACUGGAUGGACUGGGGACGCUAGGUUUGGAUAGAGGGUGGGGGUUGGGGUGGAGCAUGAGAGGGAUUGAUAUAGAGGGGGGAUAGAGGGAGAAUUGAUGCUCGUAGGGGGGCACGAGGAAUGAAAUGAACAGCUGUUUGUGGGUUUGGUUGGUGUACAGCAGGCCGGCCACCUGCCUCCUUCACCCCAAUCACAUUUCACUCUCUCAUUGAAAUCUUUAUGCCUUCUCUCCUCUGUCCCGCUCUACAUGUUAGAAACUUUAAAUCCAGACCGCCCCUCCCCUUUAAUAAAUCAACUAUUGUCAGACACACACACACACACACACACACACACAGACAUAAAGACCUAUUCUUUCUUUUCCACAGUCGUAUCCAAACGGGAAGCACAGACUUGUGAUUGUAUCAUAACCGCCACGAUAUUAGAUCAUCCUUCUUCCUUUUUAUUGGUCUGAAUGGGCAGCGUGUGGAAACAAGCGGGUGGACUCUCAAUCACACAUAUCAGCUUUCAUGUGCUCCACUGAGGAGCAGGAGUGGUGGUGAAGGUGCUGGGUGCUUCAAAGACCUCACUGAUCAAACACAACGAAAUACACGCUCAAGCACACACACACACGAUAUGAUCAAACUGGUCAGGACACACCAAAGUUAAUUAUUGAAACAAACUCGUUUUCUGCUGAUGCUAGAUCUGACUUAUGUAAGAUCUUGUACUUGUGUAAUAUAGAACUGCAGCAAUGAAAUGCUUGAUUGAUAUUCGUAAUUUAAUAUGUGAUUUUAUUCAAAUAUCUUUGUGAUAUUUCUGAUAAACUUAAUAUAUGAUGAAAAAUAAUGGUUUACUUUCUUGUAAUUGUUUCAAUAAAACAGAACAUAAACAAAUAAAAAUAUUCUGCAAACCUCUCCAGCUGCAGGAAUAAUUCACAAACUUUGAGGCCUCUUCUCUGAUCUGAAGAAGUCUAAAAGGACCAGUUUGAAGUUGCCGUCGUCUCACCUGUCCCUUCUUCGCAUGUAAGAGAUGGCCCUAAUCUACCAGUGUUUAGUUUGUCCAUUCUAGGCUACUGUAGAAACCUAGUGGCUCGAGAUUGUAGACUCAAUGGAAGAGGACUGGUUGAUAUAAAAAGAGAUUAUUCGCUAAAGAAAUCGUAAACAUUUACACACAAGAUGAAGAAGAAGAAGAAGCCAAAAAGAAAGACAAAAUAAAGAGAAAAUAGGAGAAAGCAAUCUGAAAUAGUAGCAGAGUUGAUUGAGUGA